CACCCUCAAUUCUACAUAAUUUCACAUUUCGAUCCAUACCUAGAAACGUAAAACCCUAUUGAUUCGUAAUUUCGAUAAUUUAGAAUCAACUAUAAAACCCUAUUAUCCGAAUGAAUUUUUAAACUAUUUACUGUCUUUUAGUUUUUAAAAAUGAAAAUUAUUCUCUUUACCAAAUUAGUAGAUAAGUCGAAUGAUGAUUGUUGGUUUGGUAUAAAAAAUAAAUAAAUAAAUAAAUAAUUGAGUUGAAUUAAUUGAAUCACCGAUUUUUUUAUAAAUUAGUUUACAUAAGAAAAAGAAAUUAUUAAUUAAAUAAAUUUUAAUACAAAAUGAAACCAAACAUGUCCUGUCCUUAAGUACUUAAUAAAAGUGCCUCCACAACUAUUUUAAGGCAGAAUGGUCAUGGUUGAUAAAGUGGAGAGGGUAUUGGGUACGCACAAUAUCUUCUGAUAAAGUGAUAGACAUCCUUUACUACGUUUGACUGGAGUCUUUUUGUUACGAAGGUGCUAGCUAGAUGGGAGGCUCUCAAAAUUUAAGAGAGGCUUUUGUAAUUUGACAUUUUUUUUUUUUUUUUUUUUUUUUUUACCAAGAAUCACACAUAAGCACCCAUUUGCACAUGAUGACUUGAACAAUGACCUUUUAUUUUGGAAGGCCACAAAAUACAAAUAGACUAGCUGCUAUGUAUGCGUGUUUGGGGCUUCGUUUUGAAUAGCUAAUUGGUCAAAUUGAUUGCCGGGCAAAACAGGUGAGACUUUCGAGUUUUUUUUCGUAUUGUUGCUCAAAUACAGCUACUUACAUUCACACAGUCGAAGACCAAGAAUUUUAUAGCAAACAAUUAAUCAGAAAAGUAUAUCCUCAGCCUAUAUGUGAAUGUAAUAUAAACCCCUGAAUCAGUCUGGAAAAACUUUUCCGUUCAAAGAGAACAAUGUAAAUAGACCAUAAAUUAGAAAAGUAAUAUGCUUUUUUCCCCAUCUUUGACUUUUAGUUUUCAACAUUACCAAAUCACAGAAUCCGUGGUUCUCAUUCACUCAUGUCCCUAUCAAUCUCUCUCCUUCCUCACCUAAUUUUAAUAGGGGCUGUAAAUCUGUGUAAGUCUACUGUACAUAGCUCUUAAAGCACGGCAAUAUGGUUUCCUCUUUAAUUACAACUUCAUAUUUCUUUUUGUCAUUGUGCUUAAUUAUGAUGUUUUCUUACACAUACAGUUUCUCCAACUCCUUUGUGAUUGUGUCCAUUCUUUGGUUGUUUAUUCCCAAUAGUAUUACUGAAGCUGCCCCAUCCUACCGCGCCCAUAUAUGUACUAAUGAAACUACAUACACUCCGAAUAGCACUUUUCAAUCUAAUCUCAAUCUCCUACUCUCUUCUCUUUCUUCCAAUGCUAACAGCAUUACUGGAUUUUAUAACACAACAGCUGGUCUUGAUGCCCCCGAUGUGGCUUAUGGCGUCUUUCUCUGUCGUGGCGAUAUUGCCGGUGCUAAUGGCUGUCAAGAUUGUGUGGCUGAUGCAGUGAAAGAAAUAGUCCAGCAAUAUUGCCCCAACCAGAAAAAGGCAUUUAUUUGGUACGAUGAGUGCAUGUUACGUUAUGCCAACCAGUCUUUUUUCUCCGCCAUGGAGGAAUGGCCCCCUAUGUAUUUGUGGAAUCUAUAUAAUAUCACAGAACGAGAUCGCUUUGAGCAAUUGCUGGGAGAAACUGUGGAUGAUUUGGUGACUCGUGCUUCAAAUGAUGAGUCUGGAAAUGUUACGAGGUUUGCAACUCAAAAAGUCAACUUCUCAGCUUUUCAGAAGAUAUAUAGCCUAGCGCAGUGCACACCAGAUAUAUCCGGAAGUGAUUGUAAUAGAUGCCUUCGACAGGCUAUAACUUAUUUUCCAAUUUGUUGUGAUGGAAAGCAAGGGGGGAGGGUUUUACUUCCCAGUUGUAAUAUAAGGUUCGAGGUGGCCCCGUUUUACAGUUCCAUACCCACCGCUCCACCGCCUACACCAAUACUACUUUCUCCUCCUCCACCUGCUCCAACUCCUUCAACAAGUCCCAAAGGGAAAGGGAAGAUUUCGUCACAAACAAUUAUUGCCAUUGUUGCUUCAAUUGUGUCAGUGGUACUUCUCUCCGUAGGCUGCUGCUUCCUAGUUAGAAGAGCAAGGGAAUGGUAUUAUAAUAUAGAAGAAGAAAAUGUUGGGAAUGAAAUUACAACAGUAAAUUCCUUACAAUUUGAUUUGGGUACGAUUGAAGCUGCAACAAACAACUUCUCCAUUGAUAACAAGAUAGGUCAAGGCGGGUUUGGUCAGGUCUACAAGGGUACUCUCCCUAGUGGGCAAGAAGUAGCUGUGAAGAGACUAUCAAAGAGCUCUGGACAAGGCGCUACAGAAUUUAAGAAUGAGGUCAUUGUUGUAGCCAAGCUUCAGCACAGAAACCUGGCGAGACUAAUGGGAUUUUGCCUUGCUGGAGAGGAAAAGAUACUCAUCUAUGAAUAUGUUCGCAACAAAAGCCUUGACUACUUUCUGUUCGAUCCUGAAAAACAAGGACAAUUGGACUGGUCAAGACGAUACAAUAUUAUUGGAGGUAUAGCCAGAGGGAUGCUUUAUCUUCAUGAAGAUUCCCGGCUAAGAAUAAUUCAUCGUGAUCUCAAGGCUAGCAAUAUUUUGUUAGAUGGCGAUAUGAACCCUAAAAUUUCAGAUUUUGGCAUGGCAAAGAUUUUUGGUGUGGAUCAAUCUCAAGGAAAUACAAGUAAAAUAGUUGGGACAUUUGGUUACAUGUCUCCAGAAUAUGCAAUGCAUGGACAAUUUUCUGUGAAGUCCGAUGUAUUCAGUUUUGGCGUUUUAGUUCUAGAGAUUAUAAGUGGCAAGAAGAACAGUGAUUUCUUUCAAUUAGGUCAUGAGGAUGGCCUUCUGAGUUAUGCUUGGAAACAAUGGAGGAAUGGGACACCAUUGGAAUUGAUGGAUUCAACAUUGAAGAGCUCUUAUUCAAGAAAUGAAGUUGUCCGAUGCAUCCAUAUAGGCUUGUUGUGUGUUCAAGAAGAUAUGGAAGUGAGGCCGUCUAUGGCAUCUGUAAGUCUCAUGCUCAGCAGCCUCUCUGUUAGUCUACCAUUGCCUCGAAAACCUGCAUUUUUUGCUCACAGCAGAACAGAGUACUUGAGCUUGCAACCUACAAGCAAGUCAAGGGAGUGGUCUGUGAAUGAAGCAUCCAUUACUGAACUUUACCCCAGAUAAAGUCAGAAGUUUAGGCAAUUUAAAAAUGUGUGUAUGCUGUGGAAGUGUGAAAUGAGUGAACUUAAUUUCCCAGAAUAUGAAUGAUACAUCAGUCAUUGUUGAUAGGUUAAACUAAAAAGAGCAUGCGCUCAAAAGAUAAUAAGCAAGUUUGCAACUAGGUUACAUAAAUGAUCUAAUACAAGCCCAAAUUUGGUUUAAUUUAAAUGGAACAUAUUAUCAUGGUUCGUUAAUCAAUACCGCGUUUGGUAAUAGGUAUAGCGAGUUUGAGGACUUUUUUACUACAGAACACCCUUUCCCAGGUCUAAAUUUUGACAGUUUUGUCUUUGUAACACUUUUUGCACCAAGUGCAAGCUGGUUCAUGAAAAUAGUAAUUGUUGAAUUACCCUAGUCCAUUUAGCUUGUUAGAUUGAACAGCCCCUUCAAAGUAAGUUUGAAAUAACGGAGUAUUAAUU